AGGAAAGCUGACAUUUUACCAGAAUCCGGCUUUAAUUGUAAUCUCGUCCGCGGAAAUUUAGCUCCUGUUAAUUUACUCUGCUGAAUAAUUCUUGCUCAUUAGGUGAUUGUUUUCUUUCUCUUUUAACGUCGCUCGUCCGGAUGUCAACAAAACAACCUUCAACUUCCGGGUUAUUAUAUAAUUGUUUCCGGUGUCAGAGAUAAAGCGCUGAGAUUCCAUUCAAGUUCGUGUUAAAGACAAAUUUAAGAGUUUUUUGUUUUUGUUUUGUUUCUCUUUCUUUUUUUGUUAACAUUUUAGCUUUGAUUCAGGAAGAUGGGAACUGUUACUAGCUGUUAUAAACUGUUAGAAGAAAACAUUCAAAGCUAAUGUGGUGUGAUAAAGUUGAUUAUUUUCAAACAGCACGUCGUGAUGUGUUUUAAUUUUCUUGUACUAUAAAUAUUACAAUAUUUUAGUUAUUAAAGAUGACACAUUGUAGUUUUUAUCCAUUUAUAGUUUCAUUUAAUGUCAGCAAACCAAAUUAGUUCCUGUUGUCGUUUACAUUAUAGCAGCUGUAAAUAGUUGUUCCCUCACCAGUCUCUCUUUAUUCUCUCUCUUCAAGUUAAUAAGGUUUUUUUUUUUUUAACACAGCUUGCCGUGUUACCGAGAAACUGCAAAGUAAAAUGUAAAAUGUUCUGUCAGAGAAUAUGUUCCAUCCAUCCUUUAUACCGCUUAUCCUUCAUUGUUGCAGUGAACCUGGAGCCUUUCCCAGAGAGCAUGGGGCACAAGUCUGGGUACACCCCAUCCAUCGCAGGGUACAAUCAUAUACACAUUCACACUCUACAGACACAUUGGAAAUGCUAAUCAGCCUACCAUGCAUGUCUUUUGGACUGGGGGAGGAAACCAGAGUACCCGGAAGAAACUACUGCAGCACGGGGAGAACAUGCAAACGCCACACAUACAGGGUAGCGGUGGGAGGCGAACGUGCUAACCACUAAGCCACUGUCUGUCAGAGCUGCUGUUAUAGAAAAUUAAUCAACACCUUCCGAUCAAUCACAAUCCAGAAUUCAGCAGCGCUGUGAUGUAAAAUGUAAUGAACUGAGGAAGCAAACACAAGUGAUUAUGAUCAAAAUGUCACACAGUCGUAUUGUGUAUAAAGUGUGUUAAAGCUCUUGUUUAGACUUCUAAACAUCUGUGUUACUAUUUUGAAAAGGACAAUGCUUUGUAAUGUGAGUAUUGUAUUUUGGGUAAGUCCAUCAUGACUCUGAGUAGAUUUCUUAUUCAACAGCUGCAGUGAAACUAAAAGGAAAGGAAUGUAGUUAUGAAAGUGAGGAAUGUGAGCUUGAGAGGUUAAACUGAGAUUCACGAAUAUCCAGAUUUUUUUCGCGUUCCAGAUGAAAAGUUUUGGAUCAGUUACCCUGACAGCCCAUUCUCUAAAAUGAACCUGGAAAAACAGCAGUAAGCUCUGACGAGGUUCUCAGUGGAAUUAUUUGCACAAACAGCUGGGCUUUAUUCUGGCUGUGAGGCAACUCUUCAGGGGGGAUUCAAUUCCCCGGGCUUUUACUUUCUUCCUGCUGGGACAGUGAAAUGUUUGGACUAAUAGUAAUGAUUAAUCAUAACUAUUAGUCAAAGUUAAACAUUAACCUACUUGUCUGAAUUGUUCUUGUAGAAUUAUUUUAAUUGGUUAAUAAUAGUUUUCCGAUUUUAUAUUGUAACUAGUUAUUGUUGUUUAUUUAUGUACUAUGUCUCUUUUUUGAGAGUCAUGCACUAAAAAGAUAAUAGAUAAAAAAACUAGAUGAAAAUAAUAUGAAAUAUUGUUUUAACAUAUGUAAUGACUGGCUUUCUGUUAAAUCAGACUUAGAAAGAGAGAGAGAGAGAGAGAGAGAGAGAGAGAGAGAGAGAGAAAACGAGAGAGAGAGAACUGAGUGAUUUUGUUUCCUAGUCGGACCUUUUUUUAUUGCGACCACCAUCCUACCGUACUAAAUACCGGAGUGUUUUUCCUGCGACACCUCCCUCCCUUUCAUUUCUCCAGACACAGUUCUGUUUUCUGUUCUCAAACAUGUCGAGUUCCUACAAAAACAGGAUUCAGGAGUUUAAGACGGCGCUGAGCGAGGAGAAGAUCGACCUGAAGGCACUACGGGAGCUCUGCUUCGGUGGAAUUCCUUUCGAGGGCGGGAUUCGAUCUCUGUGCUGGAAGAUCUUGUUGAACUUCCUGCCCCUGGACCAGACACUAUGGGAUUCGUUCCUGAAAAAGCAGAGGGAGAUUUAUUCCCAGUUUCUGAAGGAGAUGAUCAUCCAGCCGGGAAUUGCUAAAGCUAAUCUGGGUCUCUCCAGAGAGGACGUGACCAUGGAGGAUCACCCUCUCAAUCCGAAUCCGGAGAGCCGAUGGAACAACUACUUCAAGGAUAACGAAGUUCUGUUACAGAUUGAUAAAGACGUCAGGCGUUUAUAUCCCGACAUGGCGUUCUUCCAGAGACCCACCGAGUUUCCCUGCCAGCUGAUCCUUGACUCGCAGAACGAGUACGAAACUUUGCGCAGACGCGUGGAACAAACCACACUUAAAGCUCAGACCGUCAACCGUAACCGCAGCGGAGUCACCAACGUGAGCUCCCCGGGCAAGGCGCUGAACCUGUACCCAUCCAACGAGUACGAGGUUUUGCCGAACGGCUGCGAGGCACACUGGGAGGUGGUGGAGCGAAUCCUGUUCAUCUACGCCAAGCUGAACCCGGGCAUCGCCUAUGUACAGGGCAUGAACGAGAUCGUUGGGCCGAUUUACUACACCUUCGCCACUGACCCCAACCCACAGUGGAAAGAGCACGCAGAGGCCGACACGUUCUUCUGUUUCACCAAUCUGAUGUCGGAGAACCGUGAUAACUUCAUUAAGAGCCUGGACGACUCGCAGUGCGGCAUCACGUACAAGAUGGAGAGCGUCUUCUCCAUGCUCAAGGAGAAGGACCUGGAGCUCUACAUGAAACUGCAGGAGCAGAAUAUAAAGCCGCAGUACUUUACGUUCCGAUGGCUCACUUUGCUGCUCUCUCAGGAGUUUCUGCUGCCGGAUGUGAUCCGGAUUUGGGAUUCACUUUUCUCCGAUCAGGAUCGUUUCCACUUCCUCAUACUCGUCUGCUGCGCCAUGCUCACUUUAAUUCGUAAUCAGUUGCUGGCGGGAGACUUUACAACGAACAUGAGAUUACUCCAGGAUUACCCUAUUUCAGACGUACACACCAUCCUCAUCAAGGCUAAGGAACUGCAGGACAGCUCAUAGCUCACACACACCCCGCUCCUCGUACAGAGAAACCACGGCAACCAGUAACCACAAUGACAACCAGAGCGGCGCCCCAUUGCAUCCUGGGAAGGACGUUAUCUUUCUGUCAUUGCAUUAUGGGCAAUUACGGGAGAAAACCUCACGCAUCGGCUCAUGGCUCGUGACCGGUGCCUCUCGUAGUCAGACUGUGUGUGGGUGUGUCUGUGUGUGUGGCUUUUGUUUGCACUGAACACUUGAAAAGGAUUCGUCAGUGUCCAAAACACUCUCCAAAUUUACAAUCCAAGUGAAGGGUUAAGUGUUUUUCUUAAUUUUUUUUAAAAAAGUUUUACUUUAUAAAUGUCUGCUUUUUUAUUUUUGUGUAUGGAUGUAUUCAUGAUGGAAAAGGGGGGAAAUUAAAUUUAGCAGCAGCGCACACCAUGAACAAACACGUAUUCGACACUAAGCACGUGCCGGUAAUCAGUUAUAUGAUGUUUGAGCCCAAAAAAAAUCAAAAACCGCCCGAUAAAUGUCUAGUCACACUUAUCAACGCUCCACUGUUAUUGUUGCUAUGCAUACGAUUUUGGCGUAUGUUAUCCUCUGCGUCACUCAACAUUUCUACUUUAUAGUGUAAUGCAAUAACGAAGGAUUAAUAUAGGUCUAUGUCCUAAAAAUGCGUUACACCACAGCGCUGUUGAGUUCUGGACUCUGAUUGGUCAGAAGGUGUUGAUUAGUUUUCUAUAACAGCAGCUCUGACAGGUUUAUAUUAACACGCUCAUUCGGAUAUGUUAUCGUUUCUAUGGCAACAGCUCAUUCACAGGGACAUGUGCAGUGGACACUGAUAAUGAGGAGAUUAAAGUGUUUUUUGUAAGGAGAUGUUUAUUUAACGUUUAUGGAAGGAGUCUCCAGUGUUAGAGGUAAAGCAGACGUCUUCAGGACAGAGGAACUGCGGGGGUUUUUUUUGUUUGUUUGUUUUUUUGGUCUUAUCAGCUUCGGGAGUAAGAGUAAAAAAAAGUUGUUUCACCGACUUUCCGCGGCUAUAAGCGAUUUAAGAAUGUGGUAUAAGAGGAACAAAACACGUGCUGUUAGGAAAAUACGCAAUCAGCAUUGUGGAGGUAACAGUAACCCCGCUUCAUCACACCAACACCAUGUUGUUUUAUUCUUUACGCAAUCACUACACUGAUGAGCGUUAUUCCUCAUUAUGCAUGUCUGUGAAACGCUCAUGGUGAAGGGAAUUAUGGGAUAUAAUCAGGACCUUAACACAGGGAAAUGCUUAAACGUGAAUAAAGGAUGGCAUGUGGGAGAUGACAGUAUUGUGUGUGUUGGUUAUCUUGUGCGAUCUGUUGUGUAAUUGAUUAUUGGCACAUGUCUGUACGGGCUCGGGGAGAGCCAACACUAUGUAAAGCCGAAAUCUCCAUAUAUUAAUGUAUAUUUUUUAUUUUCUUUCAUGUUCUCUCCAUUCCUGUUCUCCAGGUUCUGCUGUAAGUGGAGAUUUUGUGAGAGUGUGUGUGUGUGUGUGUGUGUGUGUUUAGAAAAUCGGUGAUGUUUUUAGUCACCAAUACCUUUUCCACUGACAUGGAGCCAGCACUGAUCCGGUUCUCUAACUGUUACAUCAUCAUGUGGGCGGAGCUUACAGACUGAGCUUAACUUCAAGAACUUAUUUUAUUGUCCAAUCCCUUACGUCUCGAUUUUUUUUUUUAACGUGUUGAAUGACGUGCGUCACUGAGUCAACGAGGGCGGAGUUUAAGUUACAUUUGAUUGCAGACUCAAUCAGCUGGCUAGCAAGCGGCGCUACUGGAUUAAAUAACAAUAAAAUAGUUUAGCGCUGCAUUGCGUUUAGAUCACUGGCUAGUCUGAGUGAAGUGGGUGUGGCCUCUGUGACGUUAGUCCUAGUGAGAGAGGCGUGGCCUCUGUCCAUGUUCUUUCUAGAAAUGGAGGUGUGGCCUUUUUGCCUGUUCUUCCUAGUGAUGGAGGUGUAGUCUUUUGUGAUAUCAGUCCUAGUGAUGGAGGUGUGGCGUAUGCACCUGUCAGUCCUGGGAAAUAAGGUGUGAGCUUUGUGAUGUCACUCAUAAUUUGAACCUUUUUACCUGUUAGUCAUAGUGAAGUGGGUGUAGCUUCUGUACCUGUCAUUGCCAGUCAAAGUGGCUUCUUUUGACUGUCCAUCCUAGUAAAGUAGGCAUGGCUGAGGUGUGACCAAUGUGCCGGUAAAGAAAGUGUGGCAUAUAUGUGUCUGUCAGAUCCAGGAAAAGGGGUGUGGCCUCUGCAAAUGUCAUUCCUAAUGAAGGAGGCGUGGCCAUCUCUCUCAAGAUAGACACACGCUCUUUGUUAUGGCAUCAGAACUGAACCAAGUUGCUGAACGAGCACGGUUCCGGAUAAAGCUGCGGCACCGCGUCAGUGGAAAAGUGUCAUGAGUUUACUAACCAUGUACUAAUCCCGGUAAUAUAUUAGCACGUUUGCUAUUUAACCUGCUAAAGUGUGUUUCUCUGCAGUCUCUGAUGCCAAUGAUGCUCUGAUGCGUUCCCUCGUUGCUGAAACGGAACCGAAAAAUACAUAAUGGAACUGUAUGGAUGCACAAACAGGCUGUUUUUUUUGUUGUUGUUUUUUUUACUGCGUUGGCAAUAUUACUCUUAGAAAUAACUACAGACUGUUGGAGAAAUAUUGGACCGCUUCUGUAAAACUGAAUGUUACAUCGAGACAUCCGUGAUGAUGAUAAUAUUGCGAUAUAAUUGUGCAAUUGAUUACUGGCACAUGCUUCUAAGCAAAUGAAUCGCAAUACCACUUUCCAGAUCAAGUUAUUAAAUGUACGACAUACGAAUGGA